AUGGGGGGAUGCACAUAUUGUGACGUACAGGGCGCUGUACCGGCGGCAGAUCCAAGAAUCAAGAGGACUUCCCUUGUCACCGAUGUUCUGCUCGCAAACACGGAUCUGUUGGAAAAGGAAGACCUGAGGACGCACAUCGGCAAAUUAUCAACUCACAUUGAUGAGAUCAAGGGUGAAAUCUACCACGCCGUACACGAGAAGUAUGCCAACUACAGACCCACCAGGGACUCCACCCAGGAGCUACACAACAAGGUGCAGACACUGUCCACUGAGAUGCAGACUCUCAGCAAUAAGAUCAAGGUCUUGACCCACAAGAUAACCAUUCCACCAGCACCUCUGACGUACCGGUGA